ACAGUCAGGAUGAUGGCGGAUUCGGGAAGUGAGGAUAUAGCUGUGGUGGGAAACACCGACUUGACACCUUCAGCAUUAGAAAACAACAUUAAAAACACGUGAGCAAGCCUGAGGCAACAGUAACAAAGAAAAAACUCCCUGAGAUGAUAUGAGGAAGAAACCUUGAGAGGAACCAGGCUCAGAAGGGAACCUCAUCCUCGUUUGGGUGAUACUAGACAGUAAAUAAUGUAAAUUUAAAUAAUGUCCUUUCUACAAAAGCAACCAAGAGCGGAACUAUUAGAUGGUUGAAAAAGGGGCAAAUCUUUUGAAGAGGAUGGAGAUUAGUGUAACUGAAGCAGAGAAAAGAACAGGGAAGAAUUCUGUGAGCAUGCAGGAGACCUACACUGUAUACCUCAUUGAAACGAGGCCAGUGGAUGCUCCAUCUGAAGGAACCACUCCUGUCCCUGAAUCUCUGUGGAGGCGCUACAGCGAAUUUGAGCUUCUAAGAAACUAUUUGUUAGUCACCUAUCCAUUCCUAGUUGUCCCGCCUUUGCCUGAGAAACGGGCUGAAUUUGUGUGGCACAAACUGUCUGCAGACAACAUGGAUCCGGACUUUGUCGAACGGAGAAGAGUGGGGCUAGAGAACUUCCUGCUCCGGGUUGCCUCCCACCCCGUUCUGUCCACUGACAAGAUCUUCUACUCUUUCCUCACCGAGGAACAGUGUUGGAAGGAAACUGUAUUUGAGACUGGAUUUCAGGCAAAGGCAGAUUCGAGGUUGAAGGCUUUAAACGCUACAUUCAGGGUGAAGAAUCCUGACAAGAGGUUUGCAGAUAUGAAGCAUUAUGGAGAUGAGCUCCAGUCUGUCAUAUCACAGCUGCUGCGUGUGCGAGCGAGGGUGGCUGACCGUCUUUAUGGGGUAUACAAAGUGCAUGGAAAUUACGGCAGAGUCUUCAGUGAGUGGAGCGCUAUUGAGAAGGAGAUGGGGGAUGGACUGCAGAGUGCAGGACAUCACAUGGAUGCGUAUGCUGCUUCCGUAGAUGACAUACUGGAGGAGGAGGAGCACUAUGCUGACCAGCUGAAAGAAUACCUCUUCUACACCGAGGCUUUAAGGGCUGUGUGCAGGAAGCACGAGCUUUGUCAGUUUGAAUUGGAGAUGGCUGCCCAGGAUCUGGCCUCCAAGAAGCAACAGCGGGAGGAACUGGUUACUGGGACGAUACGGACCUUCUCUCUCAAAGGUAUGACCAGCAAGCUGUUUGGCCAGGAGACUCCCGAGCAGAGGGAGGCUAAGCUGAAAAUUCUGGAGACCCAGAUUGAAGAGGGUGAGGAGAUCGUGAAAGAGAGAAACACAGAGUGCGAAGAGUUUGUGAAGAACGCUUGGGUGGACAUUGAGAGGUUCAAAGAGCAGAAAGACCACGACCUCAGAGAAGCUCUCAUCAGUUAUGCCAUCAUGCAGAUCAGUAUGUGUAAAAAGGGAAUUCAAGUGUGGAAUAACGCUAAAGAGUGCUUCAGCAAGAUGUGAGCUGCGCUUCAAGCCAAGUUCCAGCACACAGCCAUGCAGCUGUACAAACUUCUCAGGGCUGAUAUCGGAUCAGUUUUUAUCUUUCACCUCCCAGUGAAUACAAGUGGAUGGACCAAACUGAUCCAAGAUCAGCACUUUUGCAGAGGUGCUCGGUUUGUAUGAGCCUAAGCAAUGAUCUUAGGCGUGUUGGAGGCACAGAAACUUUUGAAUUUUUGAUUCUUCUUCUUUAACACAUCAAUUAAACUACAUUUGCAUAUAUUUUGAAAGCUUUAAAACAAGGCAGAGAGGGGGAAAAGUAUUGUUCUAUUUAUUUAAAAUAAUGUUACUGCUCUAGAGUAUGCCAUUUUUCCAUACCGAGUACCGACUCAUUAGUUAUCCAAAAUCCUUGUGCAACGAAUCAUUUUUUUGUUCAGUAACAAGAUGGGUGUAAAUUUAUUUUAUGCACAUCCCAGAAAAUGGGGUUAUCAUAUCAUUUUUUAUUUCUGAUUACAAUACAGUUGUUCCUGCAGACAUUUUUGUUAACCCUUUUUUUGUAUUUUAUAUAUAUAUAUAUAUAUAUAUAUAUAUAUAUAUAUAUAUAUAUAUAUAUAUAUAUAUAUAUAUAUAUAUAAUAAAAUCUAAUAUUGAAAACUUUUGCCCUUGUAACAGUCAGUUGGCUCACUGCUGAAUAAAUGUAAAGUGCCAAGAUUGAGGAGCAUUCCAUUAUUCAGUGAUUCCUCGGUUCAUAUGGCCAUUAUAUUCAAACAUGCAAGCGUUUAAACCUAAAUUUUAUUACAUGUACCGAGGACAACAAGGGGUCAAAUUCCCCUUUGCAAGUAAAGCAAGCAAGUAAGCUUAUUGAUGAUUAUGUCUGUGCUUGCAUGGCCUCCAGCUGAAAUCUCGGCCCUGAUGUUUAUCCUAACGUAAUUUACGCUUAUCAUUUGCACUGUCUGCACGCUGCACUGUUCAACACAAACAUGUUUAUAACUGCUCACCCCCGCCCUCUUUAUGCUUCAAUUAAUAGGAAAUAUGUAUGCCUGCUGUUUAUUCCUUAUCCAAAACCUUAUGGUGCAUAUUUUUCUUAGUGGCAGCAGUUUCGCUGUGAAUGCCAGAUUUGUCAUUUGGGAUGAAGUGUGGGUCGGUCAGAGUUUUUUGCUAUAAAUCUGGCUGGAGGAACAGGAAGUUGAUGCAGGAAAAGGAGGAUAUAAUAAUUUCCUCAUUUAAAAGUUGUAUUUGUUUCUGAGCCUAGCCAGCUCCACCUCUUUAGACCCAUUUCAUUGUAAAAUAAUGUCGAAAUAAUAAUAAUAAUGUUUUCACUACAUAUAUGGGAAAUAAUUGUAGUAGAAAUUGUUGUUUAAAAAUUUGUGCAUACACUAAUAAACUUUUUCUAAUAUUUGGGAUUCUCCUUA